UGACGGUCUCUGGCAGCGCGCCAGGUGGUAAGUGAAGGGCGCGCGCGUUGUCGGCGCAAGGUGUGGGGAUUUGCAAAGUUUGGCAUUUCUACAAUGAACCGUGGACARUUCAAUCAGCGUUUGUAAAUCCGUGGACGCAGGGAUAAUACUGGUUCAUAUAAAUGCUGUUCAACUUGAAUAGCGAUAUGAAUCAAAUUGACCUGCUUUUGAAUGCGUUGUAGUUGUAUUUCAGCUUUGCAAACAGUGUGUUUUUCUGUAGACAGUGGACGGAGUCCUAAAGCUUGUUUGGAAACAGAGCGGUACCUUCUAACCCUAUCUAAUAAGGGAGACAUGCAAACUUGACUCCUUCAUUGAGCUUCAUACCUCUCCACCAGCCUCCAUGCCCAGAUGAUGCGGACAAACAAUAAAGGCCGGAGCGCCUCCCCCCACAGGAACGCCUACAAGUCUGACUUCCACUCCAUCAACUACUCCUUGGACACUGUGACCAGGCCUAGACCUACUUCCCUGGGCCUCUCUAUCCCUUCACCUGGCCCCAUGGCAGUCCCUCACACCAGGACCAGCAGUGCCAGUGGCCCUGGUGAGUGUUCUAGGGGUAGGACCCUCAGUCCUAGAGGGACCAAGAUCAGAGACAACAUCUUCCUCCAGAUGGACAGCCAACAGCACCUCCUCCACCCCUUGUCUCAGGCCCUACCCAAAUGCCCUCUCAGCUACAGCUCUGUCCGGAGCAGUGUGACCAGCAUGUCCAGUGUAGAAUCAUCUAUGCUGGAUAAACCGUCCAAGGCCGAGGAGAUAGAGAUAGACAGAGCGGCUCUAGCUCAAAAGUUCUCUGUGACCCGGAAGCUGUUUGAGACGGUCAGCGGAGGUGAAAGUUUAAARGUCAGCCCUGGCAGAGAUAGCAGGGGGUCUGUGGAUGGGAGGGUGGAGGACGGGGGCAUGGGGAGAGCAAGGAGCAGGUCAGAAAGAGAGGAGCUGACAUCCACGUCAGAAAGCGAAGGAGAGGGGGAGAGGAGGAAAGAGAGGGAGGACAGAAAACCCAUCAACGUACACACACACAUUUCUCUAUCCGACGUAGAACUCCACACUUCAUCACUGGACACCAGCUUGUCUACACACAUUCACCCAGUUAAUGGUCACUCCAGUGAGUCUUUUUCCCCUGAUGGCCCAAGUCCUACGGCUGACCCCUCAGACAGCAGCAGUGUGUGUGGUGRAAUUGUGUUAGAUGGGAGUGUGUGUGAGGACGCUGUGUGCUCCCAUGUAUUCAACCCACCUAGCCCAGCACCCAGCACCCCCCACUCUCAGCCUCCAUCCCAUUCUUAUGACUCCCCUAGUCCUCUCACCCCAGUCUCCCCCUGUUCUGACCAGACUGACUUCUAUGGCCCUAGUAGUCCUAAUGCUGACAACAGGACUUUGUCUGAGGGGAAUGACCCUAAUGAUCUUUACAUGACYCUUGGUGACCCUUUGACCCCCACAGAGGGGUCAGGGGCUAGGACUGUGAGGGCGGAGCUAGUGGAGGUGAAGAACGAGUCGUCUGAGAGCGAAGGGAACGAGGGGGAGGAGGAUGAGGACACCUUAAAGAAAGAAGAGGAGACCAUGAAGAAAGAGGAGGAAAGCAAGMGGGAGGAGAGCAAUGUGAAUAACCUGGUGGAUAACGUGUUUAACCUGGUAGAUGAUGUGUUUGAAGAAUCCAGAGUGGAACCUAGAAUGGUAGAACAGAGAAUGGUUGAACCUACAGUGCAACCUAAAAUGGUGGAACAGGGAACAGUAGAACCCAGAAUGGUUGAACCCUCGUUAAGAGAGUGUGUGGAGGGAUUCCCUGACCGUUCUGAGGUGAGAGAGAAGGAAUCGGGGAGAGACAUGUACCAGCAGGAGACAGAAUGGAGGGAGGGGCGAAUGGCGGGAGAAAGCAGACAGUUUAGAGAAGAGGGGACGACAGGAAAGAGUGAGAUGGAUAACGAGAAGGUAGAGACGGAAGAAAGAGAUGAGGCAGGAGAGCAGGAGAACGUUGAGGCUAGAGGAAGCAUGUGUAAUGAGAGCAGAGAGGAGGAAGGGAACGAGGAGGCCGGAUUAGAGGUAAGAGAGGAUAGAGGGAUAGACGUCAGGGUAAAGGAGGAAGUGCGAGAGGAAGAAGAGAGGAAGUGCAGAUGGAGAGUGGGGGUGAAGGAUGAGGACGAAGGGAGAGGGUGCGCCGAGAGAGGAGAGGAGAAGAAUGGAUCUGCCAUCAUCCUUGCGAUUGAGAACGAGGCCUUCGCGAAAGAUGGGGAAUGGGACUCCACAAGAUGUCUGACCCCAGAUCCAGAGGAGCAGCUCUCUACCGAAUAUGAAGAGAUUCCCGGUCUUCCUCAUGAGGAUAAUGAGGAUUCUGCUAAGACAAGGAAGGUCAAAUUCUCUACAGCACCAAUCAAGAUGUUCCUUACCUACUCUAAUGCGGACUAUGACAGGCGUAACGAUGACGUUGACCCUGUGUCUGCCUCUGCUGAAUAUGAACUGGAGAAGAGAGUGGACAAGAUGGACCUCUUCCCUGUCCAGAUAGAGAAAGGAGAUGAGGGUUUGGGUAUCAGUAUAAUAGGGAUGGGGGUAGGGGCUGACCAGGGUCUGGAGAAGCUGGGCAUCUUCGUUAAGACCGUCACAGAGAACGGAGCUACACAACAGGAUGGACGUAUCCAGGUGAAUGACCAGAUAGUGGAGGUGGAUGGGGUCAGUCUGGUCGGAGUCACACAGCUGUUUGCUGCCACUAUGCUGAAGAAAACCAUUGGCACUGUCAGGUUUUUGAUAGGCCGGGAGAAGCAGGGGGAGGAGAGUGAGGUGGCUCGUCUGAUCACUCAGAGUCUGGAGCAGGACAAGAGACCACCUACAGUGGAGUUGCUAAAUGGAGGUGAUGAUGGUGCUCUGGGGCUGAGCACAGUGGAUGAGAGAGAGGAAGAUCUCCUUACAGAGGACGAAGAGGAGGAAGAGGAAGACCUAACCAGCCUGGACUCAGCCCAGCUCUGCCUUAAAUUCAAACAGCUCCAAUUAAAGCUCAGGACCAGAUCAGACCAACUCUGCCUAGCCCAGGAGAAGCUGAGGGUUUGUGAGGAGCAGCGGGCCUUGUGGGAGAGUCGUCAGGAUGAACUGGAGCAGAGUGUCCAGGGUGGAGAGGAGAAGGCUGACCAACUAGAGAAGUACUGGCAGGAGGCCCAGGCUCUGUGCAGGAUUGUGAACCAGCGAUUGGCUGACACUCAGAGCCAAUUCGACAGCCUAGAGGUCAAAUACAGCAAGGCCAAGAGACUGCUGAGGGAAUUCCAACACAGAGAGAAGGAGAGUGAGAGGAGAGAGGAGGAGCUGCGGCGAGAGAUGGAGGAGACCGAGAGGAGGCACAGAGAUACUGUGGAUAGACUACAGAGACAGAUAGGUCCCCUGGAGCGAGGGGAGGCGGUCCCUGAGAUCGACAACCAAUCGCUGGACACCUCAUUUACCUCAAGUGCAGACUGGAGCAUUGCGGUGCCUGUGACAGGUCUGUUAGACACCAGCGCUCACAGGGCCAGAGCACAGCUCGCCCAGAAAACCAAGAGACACCCUCCCUCACGAGACAAACUCAGAGAGUCCUUCAGGAGACCGGGUGAGGAAGACCAGAUUCAGGCCUGUGACGGGAAGAGCCAAUCUCUGACUGUGAGCACACCCCGAGAGGCGGGACGUUCAUUCUCAGCAGGAGGUGACCUUGUCCACUCCAGCACCACCUCUCUGUCUGCCCUCACACCCCAGUCCCAUCCCCCAUCCUCUCUUCUCACCCCCCAGCCAGGCCAGUCUCCCUCUAAAGAGGACAGCUCCUCUACCAUACACAAAUCAAAGAGAAGAUUCCCUGACUUCAGCAGCCUCCGCAAGUCUCUGAGCAGAGGGAGGAAGGGUGAGAAGGAGAAGAACGAGAGAAGGUCCCUGGACCACAGGGGUUCGUGUGGUGACCUGGUGGAUAACUCCAGCAGUGGUGUAUCUCCCUCAGGCUCUGUCACUUCCAUGCCCUCCUGCCUGUCCUUCUCCUGGUUCGGGGAGCGAGGGCGGGAGAGACUGAAGAAGGAGAGAGAGAAGCUUAGGUCGGUCUCCAGCAGCAGUCUACCCUACAUGACCACCGGGGGCAGUAGAGACUGCCAGAGACUGAGUGUCGCAGACGCAGGGAGUACCAGCUCUGCUCUCCUGUCAGGGGUGCUAUCAGAUCUGUCUCUCUCUGGGCGCUCUCAAACUCUCACCUUCUCCUCCUCAGAGACUCUGGACGGUGACUCUGUCCUAGUUGGUAACAAUAAUCAAUGGCAAAGCCGACCCCUGGACCAAUGGACCAAUCAGCAGGUCUGUCUGUGGUUGAUUGGCAUUAGCAUGGACCAAUAUGCAGCCGAGUUCACAGCCAACGGUGUGGAUGGGCUGCAACUCCUCAAUCUGGACAACAACAAACUCAAAGCUCUGGGGGUGUGCAGUCAGAGUGACCGUGCUGCUCUGAAGAGAAGGCUGAAGGAGAUGAGGAAGACUCUGGAGAGAGAGAAGGAGAGAGUGAAGGGAAUGGAGAGAGAGGACAAGGAAAGGGAGAAGAGGAGCAAGGAGAGUGAAGGAAAGGAGAUGAGGGAGAAGGCGGGAAGGGAGGACAGAUGUGGUGGUAAAAAGGUCAGAACAGAGUCACUCUGCUGAAGUCUGCACUCUGACCUCUGACCCCUAAACCCCAAAACGAUCUUCAAUCACAACUUUUUAUCUGAGAAGUCCUACUUCUAUUAGGCUCAUCUCAUGCAUUCCAGUCUUCAGACAAGCUGCUUUAGUCUAUAUUAUAGUCUCUCUAUCAGCAAAGACGUGUCUUACUGUAAGUCUUCACCGCAACUGGUGAAAUAUACUUUUUAUUUAUUUUAAGUGUGUUGUUGCUAUGUAUAGACGUUUCUAUAUGCAUGUUGUACAGUUGAUGACAUUAAGCACUAUAUUGUAUUUUAAGCUGUGAAUGUUUUACGUGCAUUAAUAAAUCAUGUUUCAAACUUAGACUUAACUUCUGACUGUAAAGACCGCAUUUUUAAGGUUAGGUUAUUUAGGUUACAUUUCAUUUCCAUGAUGUAAUAAAGUGCACAAAAGAAAAAAGAUGGAUGUGACUUUGUACAGGAUGUAAAAACAUUUAUUUAGCAAAUCAUGGCAAUUUUUCACACUUUUACUUUACAUUGUCAACAGCUGUCACUGGACAAAUCCUCCACGUUAAGCAUUGAAUGGGCCCUGUUUAAAUACUUCUACAACACAAAAAAAGCA